CACGGGAAGUCAUCACGUUUUGAUGACGCGACUUUCGUGUUUUGAAGUUCCUACCAGCACAGUUUGGAACCGACUUGAAACCCAACGCAGGACGCCCAUCGCUACAUUAGAGGGUCUAGAGCGAGAGAGAAACAUCCAUUAUUCAUACUUUCAUAUUUCUGUCCGGGUAAAGUCUUCUCAGUGCAGGUCGGAACUUCUGACGACUUAGCUUAGCUCGCUGGCAGCUAACAAAGACACACGCUAGUUAGCAACGCAAAGUACAAGUUCGAGUGUCGCACCUUGUUCACGCUCGCGUGAAAAUGUGUGCGAAACGCGUGAAAGAAGAAGAGUACGAGGAGGAAGUGUGUGCGCCGAAAGCGAGCGAGCGACGAGGUCAACAAGGACCGGACGCCGUCUGCGGGAAGUCUCGAGUGGAGCCCCGCGGAAAAGCAGAGGACGAAGAGGCUCCCCGCAAUCAAGGCGAAGCGCAGCUGCGGUCUCCUGGCAUGAAAGAGGAGCAGGAUGAGGAGCCCCUACACCUAAAAGAGGAAGAGGGGGAUGUCACGGCGUGGCCCGUGACCUUUGCUCCUUUGAAGAGCGAAGAUGGUGAGGAUGAAGGUGAACGUCGGGAGAGCAAGGCGGCGGCGCUUCUCAGCGGCGGCGGGAGCUCAAAUCAACGGGGGACAGCAGAAGGUGAUGCGGACGGCCUCCUCGCUCCAUUAUCGGAUAGCGACCCCGCGACGUCACACACCGACGACGACGACGGAUCUGAUGAAGCUGCGACGGCAUUUCAUACUGACAGCAAGCGCUGCAAAUGCCGUCAGUGUGGGAAAACGUUUGCGGACCGCUGGGUUUUGAAACGGCACGUGAGAAUACACACCGGUGAGAAACAUUUUGCCUGCUCGGUUUGCGGUCAGAGGUUCGCGUAUAAGAGUCAUUUGACCAAACACACCAUCACGCAUACCGGCGAGAAACCUUUUGCCUGCUCAGUUUGCGGCCAACGGUUCUCCGUCAAGAGAGACUUAAGAAAUCACACCCGGAUCCACAGCGGGGAGAAACCUUUUUCCUGCUCGGACUGCGGUCAGAGAUUCUCUCUGAAGGGAAACUUAACCAUACACUCCAGAACACAUACCGGAGAGAAACCUUUUGCCUGCUCUCUGUGCGCUCAAAGGUUCUCCCAUAAAAGUCAACUGACGGUGCACACGAGGACUCACACGGGCGAGAGACCGUACGCGUGCGCAAUCUGUGGUCAGAGUUUCUCUGAAAACAAAGAUUUGAGAGAACACUUAAAGAGGCACACUGGCGAGAAACCGUACGCCUGCGCCGUUUGCGGCAACAGUUUCUCUUACAAGGGACAUUUGACCAUCCACACCAAAAUACAUACCGGCGAGAAGCCCUUCACCUGCUCCAUUUGUGGCCAAAUCUUUACUCGCAGAGAUGAUUUGACGAGCCACACGAGAACACACACGCAGUAAGCCGAGAAGGCGGCGACAUGCCCGCCUGCCGACGCUUGGGAAACUUGCGUCACUUUCAGACGGCCACCGGCGGCGCCUCAGCUGCAACCAAAGCCGAUCCAAGUCCGCCCCUCUUUUGACGGCAAAUGUCAAUAUCAGCGGGGGUCUCGCUGAAAUUGACAUUUGUGGGCGAAGUUGAGGUGUGCGAGAGAGCGGACGACGGCUCACCUCUGGGCCAAAUGCGCAAGCCCGUUGCUGCGAUUGGCCGGAACCGCGACGGCUGGCGAUACGCUCACGACCGAACGCACCCCGCGGUGCGUAACGCAUCUUGAGGCUGGUUGAAAUCGGUCGGCGUGCUCUGGUGGACCUCGUCGCUCGACGUCCUCUUUUGCGCGGCAAAGUUCCUCGCCGCGGUUGUCUUCUUCUUGUUCCUUUGGACACGCCUUGCACACAUCGUGGGGGGGGGGGUGAUGAUUCACUUGUUCUGGCAAUGUCCGUAUCCCAACACAUUUUGGAAAGAUUUCUGAUUGAUCAUCGUGACUCUGACUUGAGGCUUCAAUGGAAAAAUACACAGUUUGGCUUCUUCAAUAACAAUGAAAAAAAAAGUCAA